GGAAUCUGACUAAACAUAUGAAGUCAAAGGCCCACAGCAAAAAAUGUCAGGAGAUGGGUGUGUUGGUAUCUUCACUGGUGGAUCUGGAAGCCGAAGAAGGAACCAGUGAAGACCUAUUCCAGGACUCUGAGGGGCGGGAGGGAUCUGAGCCAAUUGAGGAACACCAGUUUUCAGACCUAGAGGAAUCUGACGAUGAUGAUGACAAUGAAGAUGAGGAGGAUGAGGAGGAAGAGGAGAGCCAAGAUGAGCCACCUUUAAAAUUGCCAGAAGGCAAACAUACCACCCUCCUGAUGCACUCUUCAGGUGGCUCUCCAUCUUCUCAAGAGGAAGGCACUGAAAUAGCAUUGUCCUUAGCCGCAGAAACUGUUUCCAGCAGCCAAAAAACAGGUGACGGCCAGCAGGCCUCCACCUCAGGGCUGGAAACAAAGUGGUCAGCAGACAGCAGUGACAUUGCUGUGUGCCACAGCUUCUUGAGUCUCCACAGACCAGCUUUGACCUCCACUGAACAAUUGGCUUCUGCUGAAAAAGAGUCUGUCACAAGGCCACAGAUGUCCUUAGUUGUGGACCUGUCAACCUCAAAAGACACGUCCCCAAGAAAAAGGUGGUCUCCAAGCCAGGACUCUGGCAGAGGUGGUGGCAGCAGCAGACCAAUGUUAGCGAGAAAGCACCUAUUAACCAAAAACGAAACUUCACCGAAACGGUUUUCACCAACUGGAGAACUGUCUUCUCUAAGGUGCCUGUCUCCAGGGAGAGGGUUGUCUCCUUGCCAGCGCGUCUCUCCCAGGAGGGAGGCAUCGCCGCUGAGAUGUGUGUCACCAAGACUUGAGCUGUCGCCCAGCAGGCAUCUAUCCCCCAGAAGAGAGCUGUCCCCAAGAACAUACCUUCCACCAGAAGGAGAAGUCUCCCCUGUGAGGCACUCGUCGCCGAGCAGAGAGAUGUCAUCAGUCAGAUACUUACCGCUGAAGAAAGUCUUGUCUCCAGGCUGUUCAGAGUCACCUAGGUUCUUUGGCAAAAAUGUACAGCUCUACGAGUCCAAGCUGGCACCUCAUGAAAUACACGUUCACGCUCCCAGCCGAGGGGAGGAGAAUGUCUUCAGCCACCUCCCGUUGCAUUCGCAGCAGCUCACGAGGACCCCGUAUCCUAUGAUUCCCAUUGGGGGCAUCCAGAUGGUCCAGGCGAGGCCAAGCACCCAUCCCAGCUUGGUGCCCAGUUCAGUCGUGUCCCUGCAAGCGGGACACUUUGCCUCUGGCAGCAGUGGCUUCGCAGAGUUCAGCCGGGCUCCCGAGAGGGACGAGGAACCGCAGGUCUUGCGGGAGCCGUCAUCGGCAUCCGUCUCCCCGGUUGCAAAGGUUUCUAAAUACACACUGUCCCCAGAGCUUACGAGCAGUGGUUACUUAGAAGAGAAAAUGAGGACUAGUGAGCUUCAGCAAAAGACAGACCAGGAGGAAUACAGGGUAAAAAUGUUCGCUGAGUCUAGCCACGCGGAGCAGGCAGGCUGCUCGGCACCCCCAGCCAGCCCCAGCACAACCGACGAGCACUCUCCAAAGCCUUUGACAAGUGGGGAAGAACCCUUGAAAAAACCGGGCAAGAAGCAAUCUGGCAGCUCGAGCACUUCUUUUGAAUCAUCCUGCACUUUCAUCUCAGAUCUCCCCUCCCAGCCGUUGGACCGAAGCAGCAGCACCGGCUGCCUCUCAGAGCCCCCAUCGAGCCAUUCGCACCCCCAGCCGCUCUCCGUCCGGAGGAGAAACCUCUCCGGAGAGCCCGGCGGACGAGGGGGAGCCUCCGGGAAGAGCAGUCCACACCGAGAGCACGCAGAUGUAGGUCAAACUCAAAACAAGGUGGAUGAAAACACGGGAAGUACUUAA